AUGUGGCAUCUUACUAUACUAAUAUAUAUUAAAAUUAAGUCUAGCUUGAUAUUUUAUAAUAUUUCGGAUUAUAUUAAGAUUUGGAUCAACUUUGUGUAUAAAUGGGACAAUCAGGCAGUAUGCAGACACUCAUGUAUAAAUGAAAGAACAAAACAACAUUUACAAACCAAUUUUCAAAUAUAG